UGAAAUUGGCCUUCACAGUGUACUUUUUACUUUCUUCCCCAGGUACAGUUACAUGAUCGACAACAUAAUUCUAUUGAUAACUGGCACCCUUCAUGAGAGGACAAUUACAGAACUCAUACCAAAAUGUCAUCCACUUGGAAGUUUUGAAGAAAUGGCUUCCAUCAACAUUGCUUCCACGCCUGUCGAGCUGUACAAUGCUGUCUUGGUUGAUACACCACUAGGUAAAAAACUGUUUAUCUCUCUUCAACAUGACAUCAUAAAGCAGGGCUUUCAGAAUUAUUCUGAGUAGGUGACUGUGUUGAUAAAAUAGGUGGCUGUGGGGACCGGUCUAGGGAGUCUUAGGGCCUGUUCAUAUGGGCAAAAGUUAUCCCGGUUAGCGAGAAAACUUUUCGACAAGUUUACAUGCGAGAUCUCGCCUUGUUAUGAAAAUAAUAUGAAAAGCUACACUUUCAUAUAAGACAAAAAGUUUUUCCGUGUACCGAGAUCUCGUUUGAUGACAGGCGAGAUCCCGGUGACCGUGAUGUUUUUCCCAUAUGAACACAACUUUCCCGCUUAGCGGGAUAACUUUCUGUCGUGUCAGCAACUUUUCAAUUCAAUUGAUGUUCAGUGCUACGUCACACCCGGGAACUUUUCCCGGUAAGCGGGAUAACGUUUCUACAUAUGAACAGAACAAAAUUAUUUGGCUAAUCGAAACGUUUUCUCAUUAACCGGGAUAACUUUUGCCCAUAUGAACAGGCCCUUAGGGGAAUAGGCUAGUGAGAAAACUUUUCGACAAGUUUACAAGCGAGAUCUCGAGGUUUCAAAAUAAAGGCCUGUUGAUGACCAAAGUUGCAUGAUGCCAUAUUUCACUUUGAGAAAUGGCAGGCAAAAAGUUUUUUGAAUAUUCGAGUCAAAAAUAACAUACUAGGUGAAAUUCUACAGAUUGUUGCAAGCAAGUUAAAUGUAAAAUUGAAUUGUGAUUGUGAAAAGUGAAUCAUUAUUUUGCUUUCGUAGCUCCGUUCUUUGUGAACUGUAUAUCUGAGCAAGAUUUGGAUGAGAUGAAUGUGGAGCUUAUCCGAAAUACAUUGUAUAAGGU